UAUAGCGGUACGUCCAGCUGAGCGGUUUAGUCAUUAUUGUUAAUAAUUUAACUUUAAAAUGUACGUAAAUCAGUAAGGAUUAAAUAGGCGACGCCGAUGGAAUUCAUGUGGUGCAGCCAAAAAGCAUCGUACUAAUCGAAGAAGAACUUAUAAACUAUUCAAAAUGCGUUUCGUCCGUCGGGGAACUGUCCCCAAAAUCACAGCAGGUUGCUUUCUGGUGAUAUUGAUGGUUACCUUGUAUAUAUUGAAAGACGAGCGAGAUUUGGAUAAAAACGUUAAGAUCGAAAUUAUCGAGCGCUCUAUAAGAUCGUUGAUGAAUCAAGGGGUGUGCCGCCACCCCCAUCUGCCCCUGGACAAUCCGGACAUCAUGAAGUUCUACAAGCCCGUGGAACGAAUCAACUGCGGCGAGGGAAUGGAUUGGGUGAUAUGCGAGAAAUCCAUUUGCUUUGUUCGCCCGGAAAUUGCGUCCAGCCAUGAGGAUGUGACAUGUUUCUACACGGAUAUCAUUCGCAAGUCGGACUACAAAGUACGCUUCGGAAGAACACUGCGCUUGAAGGAGCCCUACGUUCUACAGGCCAGCGACUUUGUCAAGGUGGCCUGCCGAUCCUCGACCGGCGAUAGUUGGUUUGGAAUGGCCCAUGGCAUUAGAGAUACUGUGCCUCGUCCCCUGGCCGCCAAUUUUUCCCCGAAUCUGGCUGUUUUGCCGCCGGAAGCUGUGGCCCAGGCUCAGCUUCAAAUGCAGGAUGUGCCCACAGCGUCCUUCUACAAUGUCCUCAUGUUCGGCUUCGAUUCGCUGAGUCGCAACGCCUUCAUCCGAAAGCUGCCCCGGACCUACGAGUAUCUCACCCAACAAUUGGGCGCCACCGUUCUUAAGGGCUACAACAUCGUGGGCGAUGGAACACCGCAGGCCCUGGUGCCUCUGCUGACGGGUUUCACAGAAUUGGAGCUGCCGGAGACGCGGAAGCGAUUGUCCGGAGCGGGUAGCGUGGACUCGUAUCCUAUGAUCUGGCAGGACUUUGCACGCCUGGGAUAUAUGACUUCGUUUAACGAAGACCUGCCCAAUGUGGGCACCUUCACCUACCGCAUGACCGGGUUUGAGGCCCAGCCCGUGGACCAUUACCUGCGCACCUAUUAUGUCCAGGCGGAGCACAUGUUCGCCGAGAGCCAGCCCAACUGCAUUGGCCACCAGCCGGAUCAUGUAACCAUGCUUGAAUACACUAAAAAUUUUAUGCUUAAGUAUCGCGAUGCCCCUCGUUUUGUGUUCAGCUUCCAUGGCGGUCUGUCACACGAUUCUAUCAACCUGGUGGGCGCAGCGGAUGAUGAUGUCCACGAUUGGCUGGUGGCGCUAAAGGAACGAUCGCUGCUAGACGACACAAUUCUAAUCAUGAUGGCCGAUCAUGGUAAUCGAUUUGCCGAUGUGCGAGCCACACUGCAGGGCAAACAGGAAGAGCGACUGCCAUUCUUUAGUUUCAAGUUUCCUGAGUCGUUUAAGAAGCGCUUUCCGCAGGAAUACAAGAAUUUUCUGGCUAACGAGCAGCACUUGACGACGCCAUUUGACAUACAUGCCACACUGAAGCACAUAAUACAACUGCAAACCGCUGUCGGGGAAGAACAGUUAGGAGGGAGCAAUGAUUGGAAAAUAGAAACCAGCAAUCCCGGGAUUCACAUCUCAGACUUGGCUCGGGGCCGAGCCAUGUCGCUCUUGAAUCCCAUUCCCAGCAAUCGAUCAUGUGCCGACGCUUAUAUAGAGCCACAUUGGUGUGCGUGUCUUAAUUGGCUGCCUUUACAGCUAAACGACUCCCGAUACACCGGCAUCAUUUUUAAGGCAGCCCAGAGCAUUGUCAGUGCCAUCAACACGGCCACAGUCGAGCAACGCCAGCACUGUGCACCUCUGCAGCUUCUCCGAGUCAACUGGGCGCUGCGCCUGCAACCGCAUAAGGAACUGCUACAAUUCAAGACGAACAGCGACCAGGACGGCUUUCUGGCGGACAUGACGGGUCAAACGCUGGUAAGGGAUGAGAUGUAUCAGCUGCAGCUGGUUACGCUGCCCGGUGAGGGGCUGUUCGAGGCGAGUGUGGCCUAUAGCCUGCACACGUUUAGUGCCACAACGAAACUCACGGAUAUCUCGCGAGUUAACAAGUAUGGAAAUCAGGCACGAUGCAUAUACAAUCGUGAUCCCGAACUGCGGAAGUACUGCUAUUGUCGCAACUAGUUCGAAGUCACAAAACCUAGUCCAAAACAUAGAACUGCUAAUCAAUCGACUCGAAUAGAUUUUUGCACUGUUCCCAGCGCUAAAGUAUUUUGAAGUUUGUCCAAAGUUAAAAUAUCUUAUAAGUUAAAAUAUCUGCCUCAUUUUGUAAUAUAGGUUCCUUUAAUCAACGAUAGAAUUGUGGUAAUAAAAAAUAUCUUUUGUAUGUGCGAAGAAAGUAAAA